CCCGACGCUGACCGCGCUCCGGGGAGACGCCGCAGUGUUGCACCCGAACCGCCCUGGUCCGCGCGCCGCAGGCUCCUAGUGAAGCGAGCCAGCGCCCGUCCCGUCCCCGUGUGCUUUCGGGACGACUGGCGUCACGCAAGCGUCGGGCUUAAAUCGGGUGGCUCUGCGGUCGCGGUGUAAAUUAUGAAUGUGGCUGCGGCAUGUGUGUGUUUUUGCUCUUGUUGAUGCUGCCCGAGUCUGACGCAGCAGAACCAACAGUUGGAGGUUUUGACCAGCGAGCAAGGGAAGAGAUCGGGGCCGCGGCUGUAUCCCGAGAGAGAUGCGGGUGCCCCUCCCCCGCUGUACGGCGUAUGUGACACAUCGAAAUUGUGUAUAUUUAGGGCAUAAAACUUGCCGUUUCGGUUACACCGACUUACUUUCUUACAGCGCUUAGAUCAGAAAUCUGGGACCAGGCAGAGUACUCUCAUUAGGCGUCGCUGAAAGUCAGGAGUUACCCGGUUUGGGCUCUUCUAGAGACCCCGGGGAAGAAUGCCUUCCAGGGUAUUUUAGCUUUCGCCUGCAGGGUUCCUUUCCUCCUUAGAGUUUCCCUGUGUGCCCACCUACCGGCCAUCUCAGAUGCCAGCAGUGAUGCGUUAACUCCUGCUCGGGCUCCAAACCCCUGCUUUCCCCUGCUGCCGCCUCUCUGGCUCAGGGAAUUACAUCGGGCCCGCAGGGGAUCCAGGACAGUCUCCCUGUCUUGACGUCAGCUGGCUCACAACAUUGAUCACACCUGCAGAAUUCCUCUGCAGUGGAACAUGGAUGUAACGCAACCAUCCAGGGUUGGAGACUGCUGUUCUCUUCGCGCCCUGCCCUGUGGUGUGAUGACAGGAUUUGCGAAAGUCAAGUGGCAGGUGCCUCAGUUUCAAUCUGGGAAUUCUUUAAAUGAAACUGGUUUAAAAUCUUUGAUCAGACACAGAAGAAAGACUCCAGUCGACAAUAAGGUGGAAAAGAAUGACGUCCUUAAACAGUCUGCAGAAUGUCAUCUAUGAGCCGGGAAUCCCCUACGUCGGGACCAUUUCUGAGCCGCUGGAGCCUGGAACUUCGAUUGUGCUACGUGGGCACGUCCCUGGUGACUCAGACAGAUUCCAGGUGGACCUGCAGUGUGGCAGCAGCGUGAAGCCCCGGGCGGACGUGGCCUUUCACUUCAACCCACGGUUCAAAAGGGCCAACUGCAUUGUGUGCAACACUCUGAGAAAUGAAAAGUGGGGGUGGGAAGAGAUCACCUACGACAUGCCUUUCAAAAAGGAAGAGUCUUUUGAAAUCGUGAUCAUGGUCCUGAAAGAGAAAUUCCAGGUGGCCGUCAAUGGCAGACACGUCCUGCUGUACGCGCACCGCAUCCCCCUGGACAAGGUAGACACGCUGGGCAUCCGCGGCCAGGUGACCAUUCGCUCCGUCGGCUUUUGUUUCAGCCCGGUACCAAAGUCUGACAUGCCGCAGUUUCCUAGUAAUAGAGGAGGAGGCACUUCUAAAGUCGUGCCCAGAACUGUCUACACCAAGAGCAAAGGUUCGACAGCCAGUCACACUUUGACUUGCGCCAAAAUUCUGCCUACCAACUGUCUGUCAAAGACCCUGCCCUAUGUGGCGAAGUUGAACUCCUCCAUGGGCCCUGGACGGACGGUCGUCAUUAAAGGAGAAGUGAACACAUGCGCCAAAGGCUUUAAUGUUAAUCUACGCUCAGCAAAAUCCAGGGCAAUUGCUCUCCACCUGAACCCACGCCUCAACAGUAAAGCGUUCGUGAGGAAUUCGUUUCUUCAGGAGUCCUGGGGAGAAGAAGAGAGAAAUAUUACCUGCUUUCCAUUUAGUCCUGGGAUGUACUUUGAGAUGAUAAUUUAUUGUGACGUGAGAGACUUCAAGGUGGCAGUGAACGGCGCGCACAGCCUGGAGUACAAGCACAGGUUCAAGGAGCUCGGUGACGUCGACACGCUGGAGGUUGACGGCGACAUCCGCUUGCUGGAAGUGAGGAGCUGGUAGCCGCCCGCCUGCCCGCUGCAGAAGCUGAAAUACAGAGUGGCUUCCGUAACACUGGCCUGGCUGGCGUGCGUCUUCCCGGCACGGCACGGUUCACGUACACUGUUAACUAGUGAGCUUGCAGAGUUCGGUCCCCGCACUCGGCCAUGCCGGGCAGGGCGGCCUCGUGUUGCAGAGUCUGAGUAGCACCUUCUCGCCGUUACCGAGGCCUCUCCCCUCCCCUGGCCUCCCCUGCUUAGACCCCCUUCACUGAGCGCUCCCCUGCCAGCUGUGUGCUGGCAGCCCCCGGGCUCCCUGCUCUGCUGAGCUCAGACCCUCCUUUGCCAUCGCACCAUUGUUUCCUCUUCAGGCACUACAUAAACUCACCAGGGACUUGAGAGAAUCACUCUUAAAUCACCUAAAGACACUAGCUUACAGGGUGACCGCUCACACCCAGGCUCAGCCACGUCCCGUAACCAGAAGGACUUGCACCUGGCGGUUUCCUUUAGCACCGUACUUAGCUCUACUAGCUGCAGGCAUUACCAAGUCAUUAACACGACGAACACCACACAGCACGAGAAGGCGAAAAAAAGCUGUUUGGCAAACAAACCAAAUGGCGUUGAGAUUUGCCUGAUGUCAAUCUCAAGGCCUCUGCUUUCCGCACCAGUAACUGCUCAUUUUAGAUGCUGGCACUGAGGGUGAGUCAGACGCCUGCACGCACUAUACACAAAGUUCAAGGUGGGAGCAAGACGAAUUCAACGUGUACAGUUUUACGGGAAACAGGGCAACGUCAGGAUUAGACUGAGUGACGAGGCAGGCCCCGCCAGGUGACCUCGCCCGGCGAGAGGCAGCGCGAGCCCGCCCCAUGCAAACCAGCUCAGCCCUGCGCUUCCGAGCGCGGCCCUGUCACCGUUAGCGCCUGAGAUCAAAACAGCGUCCCGCUUUGAUUAAAUCAGGCCUGUGCCAGCAAGUCAGUGCUGCGCUGCUGGGAUGUUUUGUUGCUCUUUGAAGAGAGCUGGCAGGUCUUUGUAGAAUUCUUACAGGUCAGGUCUCGUUGCAGGAAACUUCAGAGGCUUGGGACGGGGAGGUAAACAGCUCAGUCAGAUCAUCUUAUGGUAAAUUGCUGGGCUGAACUGGCCAGGAUUUGGGAACACUAUCGUAACAGUUUUUGGUUAGGCGUGAUUUGUAGUAAUAAUGUCUAUUACCAGUCUUCCAGCACUAAUGCUUUCCCACCUUUUCCUGUUAAUUUAUUGUGCUAAGUUGUGCAAGCUUAAAAAAAAAAUGGAGGGGGAACGUUGGGAAAGUUGUGAAAGGCAAGGAGGGGGUAGAAUCCCCCAGGGUUAUUUUUCCCUUCAGAAAAUAACAUCUGAUGACAUAGGUUUUGGUCUUUUGGACCAAACCUCUUUAAAAACACAUCUGAUAAAAGCUGAGCUCUUUGCAAAAAAAAAAAAAAAAAAAACCACCAGAGGGCAUGGCAGAAACUGAAGGCCAGUUAGGAGAAAAGGGAAGCCCACUUACAUUGUUUUCUCCGUUUGAACAGUGCAGCUUCAUUUUACAUGGCUGCAUCACUAAGACCUCAGACUGAUUCUCUGAUAGAGUAAAUACAAAAUCUUAAGAUGUUUUUUGAAAAGAAACAUUUCUUAAAGAGAAAAAUGCACUCACCCACAGCAAGCUCUAACUCCAAACUGCAAACCAGCCUCUGCUGCUCGGUCCUAAUUCUGCACCAAACCCUCAGAUUAGAUCAGGGGCUUUCAAACUCAGUUUGAACACCUAUGGGAGAGUUCUAAGAUGCUGUAAAUUUUAAAAAGGCAUGAAUUAAAAAAUAAAAUGCCUUAAACAAAA